AUGGGUGCUGCUGGAUCAGCAGAUGACAUUAAUGCUAUGGAAAUUCACCACUGGUACACAAAGUUUAUGAAGGAGUGCCCAUCUGGACAGCUUUGCCUGCAUGAAUUUAAACAUGUCCUGGAUCUACACGGACUUACUCCUGAAGCUAACAACUACGUUGAGCAAGUAUUUCACACAUUUGACAUGAAUAAGGACGGAUUUAUAGACUUCUUGGAGUUCAUAGCUGCCAUAAAUUUGGUUAUACGAGGGAAAAUUGACCAAAAAUUGAAAUGGUAUUUCAAGCUAUACGAUGCUGAUGGAAACGGAUGCAUUGACAAAAAGGAACUAUUAAGCAUAUUCAGGGCUAUCCAGGCCAUUAAUGGCUAUACCAACAUGAGUGCUGAAGAGUUCACAAACAUGAUAUUUCAGAAGAUAGAUGUGAACAAUGAUGGGGAACUGACUUUAGAAGAGUUUAUCAAUGGUGUGGAAAAAGACGAGGACCUAAUGGAAUUGAUUACGAAAAGUUUUGACCUUUCCAACGUACUCAAAGUCAUACAGAACGGCAGGAGAAACAGUGUCUGAAGGAUCCAGUCAUGGAGGUGGUGUCUGUUUCAUCAUUUCAAGGAAGAUAAUGUUUGAUAUAUUCAGAGAGCUUAAUGUUGUCAAAGCCUGCCUGGGCAAUACUGAGCCGCCUUCUCCAGGAGUAACAAUUUUCACUCUUCAUGUAUCUCCUUUUAUUUUCUUUAUUCCUUCCCUUGCUAAAGACUGUGGCAGCCACAGAAAAAAGAAAAAAAACCCAACAACUUUUGCCUGCAUAUAAUAGAAAAGGUAUUUGAUGCAGUCAAAGUAACUUAUUUGAUCUCUAUGAACAUGUUGUGAUCAAACCCUGGCUAGCUCACUCCACUUAGUGGGAUGGGGAAGAGAACCGGAAGAGUGAAACGUGUGGGCUGAGAUAAAGACAGUUUAAU